GAACUCAGAAAUGGCUGACUGUGGCCCCGCUGCUCCAGACGGGCUGCCCCAGGAAUUGGUACUAGGUGACCCUGUCCCUAAGGCAAAAGGGCACCAGGUCUGUGAGGGCAAUGGCUUCCCAGGUGAGAAAACUGAGGGUGAAGAGUUGAAUGGCCAUGAAAGCCCAGAAGCCACUAACCCAGGACCUGACCUGCAGGGCAGUUUGAUUGUACAUGGCUCUGAGAUGGCAACGGGCCAGCCUGGCCUUCUGGAGCAGGGGAACGGUCUGGAGGAUGGGCAAGAGAUCCUGUGUGACUUCUGCAUGGCCCAGAAGGUCCUGGCAGUGAAGUCCUGCUUGACCUGCAUGGUAAAUUACUGCGAGGACCACCUCCGGCCUCACCUGGAGAACAGCAAGCUGCAGAGCCACAAGCUGAUGGACCCCGCGAAGGACAUUGACCUGCAGACCUGUGAGACUCACAAAGGCCACUUGGGGUGGUUCUGCCAGACCGACCUGGUGUGUGUCUGUGAGGAGUGCCUGGCCGAAGAGCACAAGGGGCACAACUUGCUCACCUGUGAGGCAGCCAGGAAGGACAAUGAGAGAGAACUUCUGCAGACCCAAGCAGAGUACGACUGGAAACUGAAGUCCACUGAAAACGCAAUUGUCAAGCUGCAGAAUAAUACACAGUCUAUAGUGAGUUCUAUUUCCGAAGUGAAGAACCUGGUGUCCGGGCAGUUUGGGGAGCUCUUGGAAGCUGUCAAGAUGGCCCACUCGGAUGUACUGGCAUUUCUAGAGGAGAAGGAGCACGUGGCAGUGAAUCAAGCCAACGGGAUAAAGAUUCAUCUGGAGCACAAGCAUGCUGCCAUGGAAGAGAAUAAACUCAGGCUGGAGAAGAUGGCCCUCCACACCAGUGACAUCCUGUUCCUUAAGGAAUAUUGUGAGCUCAAGAAGAACACAGGGGAUGACGUGCUUCCCAGUGUUUAUAUUGGACUCAAAGAUAAACUGUCAAGGAUCAGAAGGGUCAUCUCAGAGUCAACAGAACUCUUGCUACAGCUUGUACAAACCACCUAUAAGGAAAAGCUCCAGGAGUUUGCAAAGGAAGAGGACUGUGGGAUCAAAACGAUGGUGUCUGCACUUGUACCAUCCAGGCACCGCAUCUCAGCUCCAGAUCCAGAGACUAGGAGUGACUUUCUCAAGUACACUUGCCCGUUAACGUUUGACCCAGUCACAGCCCACAGAUAUCUCAGGCUCUUGGAGGACAACCACAAAGUGACUAAUACCACGCCUUGGGAACACUCCUACCCAGAUCACCCUGAAAGAUUUGAGCACUGGCGCCAGGUGCUGUCAGACAACAGCUUGUACAUGGGUCGCUACUACUUUGAGGCUGAAAUAAGCGGAGCCGGCGUUUACAUUGGUAUGACAUACAAAAGCAUUGACCGGAAGGGGUCAGAAAGCAACAGCUGCAUCUCGGGGAAUAACUUCUCCUGGAGCAUCCAGUGGCAUGGCAAGGGGUUCUCUGCGUGGCACAGUGAUGUGGAGACGCCACUGAAAACAGACACGUUCAACAGGAUAGGGGUCUAUCUGGACUACCCCAAGGGCACUUUGUCCUUCUAUGGUGUCACCUUGGACACCAUGACUCUGAUACACAAGUUUGAGUGUGAAUUUGCUGAGCCGCUCUACCCUGCUUUCUGGCUUUCGAAGAAAGAAAACUCCAUCAGAAUAAUCAAAGCAGGGGAUGCUGAUGAGAAGACUCCUGCCUCUUCUGACUCCUCAGAGGAAGCUGCUCCUUCCAACACACAUUCAGUGUCUGAGGUGGAAGCAUUGGCCAGUACUUAAGUUGUGGAUCAAUAUUAGUAUUGUGGCAGCAGGGGCAGCAAGGAGAUACAUGCUACUGGGGUUUUAAUAAGAGGGUCCAUUGUUGGAUCAUAUUAAAGAAGUUCUUUAUUAAAAUCACAAAUGAGUUUGAUUCCCCAUAGUUUAAAUUCCAGGGUAUUACUAAUUAAGAGGUCUCUUGGUUUGU